AUGUCGACGACGGCGCGCGCGACGGCGUCGGCGUCGGCGCGACGCGCGACGCCGGCGCGCGCGCGCGGCGCGACGCGAACGCGCGCGGUGCGCCGACGCGCGAUCGCGAGACGCGCGACCGGGGACGGGACGACGCGCGCGGACGCGGACGCGGACGCGGACGCGGACGAGGCGGCGGCGGCGCGCGCGUCGAAGAAGUGGAAACCGAAACCGCUGCCGUCGACGUUCGGGGACGCGGCGUCGCCGAGAGCGCGGUCGCCGUUCGACGCGAAGACGGGGGCGACGUCGCCGUUCGAGAAGGCGCCGGGGACGUCGGCGUCGCCGUUCGAGAAGGCGACGAGCGACGGGACGGGUAAACCGGCGAGUCCGUUCGGGGCGGUGGCGACGCCGGUGACAGAGGGCGGGGCGGCGAGCGGGGACGCGACGACGACGCGCGCGAAGGCGGCGGCGAGCCCGUUCGGGGCGGCGGAGGCGCGGUCGCCGUUCGCCGCGGCGCCGGGCGCGGCGAAGAGCCCGUUCGGAGGAGCGAGCGCGGCGAAGAAUCCGUUCAACGAACCGGAAGCCGCGCUGUACGGCGCGAAGCCGGUGGCGAAGAAGCCGGCGGUGAAGGUGGAAGAGAAGACGUCGUUUUUGGAGUCUUUGCCGCGACCGACGCUCGGGCAAUUCUUCAUCGUGUUCUCGUUCGUGACGAUCAUUUCUUUGAUGCUCGGGACGUUUUGGGUCGUCGUCAACGCCGGUGGCGUGCACUUUAACGAUUCUUAA